ACAAAUGGUGUGCUACGAUUCUGAGGUUGAUCAGAUAAAAUCAUAAAAACAUGAAGUUCACGUGCAUGCUAACACAGAACUUGUAUAAUACUGCAUUGAAUGAUUGAAUGUGCUGAAGGACAUACACAAAUCUAUAGUGAGACAGACAUCAGAAUGGAGCUUGAAAUACUCGGAAUGUCGAUGUCAUUGACGAUGGCCCUUGUCAUCAUCUUCCUCGCCAUCAUUGUCUUCUACUUCGUGAAGGAUUAUUGGUGUCACACCUACUGGAAACGUCGAGGCGUCGUAUUUGAACCGGGAUCACCGAUUCUGGGUACUUUUAAACCAUUUAAAAAAGGUUUACCAACAGGAUAUGAUAUUUUACAGAAGAAACAUGGAAAGGUGUACGGAAUGUACACCUUUCAGGAACCCAUCCUGGUCGUAGGAGACCCGGAUAUGUUGAGGCAUAUCUUUGUCAAAAACUUUUCUCAGUUCCACGAUCGACCGAGAUUUCUGAACAUGAAUGAGGACAUGUUGCAUGGUCUUGGUGCUUUAGAAGGGAAACGCUGGCAUGAAGUAAGAAAUGUUGUCAGUCCAACAUUUAGUGCUGCCAAAAUGAAACAGAUGGCACCUCUAGUGAAUAGAAGUGCAGAUCAUCUUGUGGAGCAUUUUGGGAAGAUGCAAAAGAAGAAUGGAUUCAUCGAAUGCAAAGAACUAUUCGGAUCGUUUGCCAUUGAUACAAUUGGAAGCUGUGCUUUUGGUCUUGACAUCGAUGCCCAAUCAGACCCAAAUAACCCCUUCGUGUCCAAUGCAAAACGAGGAUUCCUAUUUGAUUUUGGCAUGCUCUUCCUUCUUAGUAAUAUAUGUCAUCCGAUAGGUAGGAUCUUGACCAAGACAGGCCUUUGUACAUUCUUCCCUGUUGAUGUAAUAGAGUUCUUCAGGAAGGUGAUUCUAAAGGCUGUAGAACUGAGAAAGAAUAUAUCUUCAGGAAACGUCGCGAAGCGGGUAGACUUUCUCCAGCUAUUAAUUGAUGCUCAUAAAGAUGCCGAGAGAGAGACUGAAGAAGACGAAGAUGAUCUCAAUGCAUUUGAUCACCAUGACAACCGGCACAACCACACGAAUACACCACCAAAGAAUGUACAAUUGACUGAUAAAGAACUUUGUGCUCAAGUGAGUUGUUAA